AUGGCGUCGGGUUUCAGUUAUACAGGCGGACGUUCGCGGUGCUUUGCCUUUUGGCAAGAAUUUGCCAAAUGCUAUGCAAACGCUGAUACCCCAUCUGAAUGUCGGGCGCAAUCUGAGGAUUAUCUAGAAUGUCUCCACCAUACGAAAGAGAUUGCCCGCGCCAAGACUAUCAAGACCCAUUUUGUCCAGACUCAGGCGCACCAAGGCAAAGAGGGCCGAAAGAUUGCGGACAUUUUAUCCGAGGGGGUGAUUGUUGGUGUAGGAUUAAUAAACAAAGACAAGUAG